GGCGCAAGGUGCGCAGUUGGGGCGGUGGCCCGGACGCCUUGGCCUCACCAAGAUGACCUCAGCACUCUGGGUCUGGUGCUUCUGUGCCUGGACGCUCGCCAACUGGCCGCCAGGAAGCGCCCUGCAGCUCCAGCCGGGCAUGCCAAAUGUUUGUAAAGAAGAGCACAUGGCUGUGGUGGGUUUGCCACGCCCAUGCAUCCGAGCUUUUAUAGACGUGAUCAAACCCUGGAAACACGGUUGUACAGGCCCACAGCGGUGUGUGGGUUAUGAAAGACGGACUCGGUAUUACACUGUCUAUAGACAGGUGUAUACCACAGAGCAGCAGACGGUCUUCAGAUGCUGCCCUGGUUGGAGCCGAUGGGAUGAUGAACCAGGCUGCCUCUACCCUUUCUCUUCUCUGGGAACUCAUUUCAGUGGAAGGGAAUGCUCAGACGGGAAAGCCAGGCGGUGUCUCUGCUCACCAGGAUUUCAUGGACCCCACUGUCAAUAUGAUAGAAAUGAAUAUUCUGUUGACAAUGGUGGCUGUCAAGAGUGCAGUAAUACAAUCAGCAGCUAUUACUGCAGAUGUCAAGCUGGCCGGGAGCUGGAGGCAGGUGGCAGAGGAGGUGAAGAUGUCGAUGAAUGUGCAGUGUUGAACGGAGGCUGCCAGCAGCGCUGUAUUAACACUCUGGGCACCUUCCACUGUGACUGUGAUACAGGAUACAGACGCCACGUGGAUGAACGAACCUGCAUAAAAAUGGACCCCUGCACAGGUGGGAAUGGUUGUGCUCACAUAUGCCGGAGUGAGAAUGGUGUGGCCAGGUGUGCCUGCCACAGUGGGUACCAGCUGUCUGAAGACAAAAAGGCCUGUGAAGAUAUAAACGAGUGUGCUGAAGGGCUCCCUCCCUGUGCUCAUCACUGUGUGAACUCAGAAGGCUCUUUCACUUGUGCCUGCCACCCUGGCUUUGAGCUAGGAGCUGAUAGAAAACACUGUUACAGGAUUGAAUUAGAAAUUGUCAAUAGCUGUGAACAGAACAAUGGUGGUUGUUCGCAUCACUGUGAACCUGAAAUUGGUGGGCCCCGUUGUUCCUGUAACCAUGGACACCAGCUUGACACCGAUGACAAAACAUGCAUAGCUUUAGAUGGUGAGCAGUUAGAGGAAGAAGAAGAGGAACUUGAAGUUGUGAGGUUUCCAGGCCUUCUAGUGGAGAACCCACCUCAGCUGCUUCCUUAUUUUGUCCCCUCUCUGAUGGCCUCUUAUGAAGAUGAAGAAGAGGAAGGGGAGGGAGACUUCCAAGGACUGACUGCCUUGCACAAAGUUGUCUGCUCAGAUGGCACCUUUGGCACAAACUGCAGCCCGAGCUGUGUGAACUGCAUGAAAGGAGGCAGAUGCCACAACAGAAAGAGGGGGUGCUCCUGAGCAGGCUGGGCUGGCCUUCUUUGCAAAGAAUCUUGUUCCCCAACCAAUGGGAAGGAGUGCAGAGGCUUCUGCACCUGUCAGAAUGGAGGCACCUGUGAUCCUCAGACUGGGCAAUGCCAGUGCCCCCCAGGAGUUCAUGGGAAAACUUGUGAAGACGGCUGCCCCAAAGGAUUCUUUGGGAAGAACUGCAAGAGGAAGUGCUACUGUUCCAACAAUGAUCAUUGUCACAAGGAAUAUGGCAUCUGCCUGUGUGACCCAGGGCGCUAUGGAAGAUUCUGUCAUCUCAGUUGUCCCAAGGGGACCUAUGGAGCUGGCUGUUCUUUGGAAUGUCAGUGUGUGGAAGAGAACACCCUGGAAUGCAGUGCCAAAAAUGGUAGUUGCACCUGCAAAUCUGGUUACCAAGGCAACAGAUGCCAGGAAGCUCUUCCUUACAGAGACAGUAGCACUGAAAAUCGUCUUUGGAUCUCUUGUGUGCUCCUUGAAUCUUCGCAUUGCCAUUUUCAGAGAUGCUUCAUGGCCUUUCUGGAGCUGAAUGAAAGGAGAAGUGUGGUCAUUUCAGGCUGUACUAUGGCCAUAGACGAAAGUGGGCUAUUUGGGUAG